AUGUCUUUGUCACAACUGCAUCCCUUCGAUCCCUUAACACCGGAGGAUAUCACAUUAUGUGCCAACAUUCUCAGAAACGCUAUUCCCGGCGCUACGUUGCGUUUCAAGCGCAUCGAUGUGCUAGAGCCAGUCAAAGGCGAGACUGUGCCCUAUUUAGAGGCAGAGCGAAGUGGUCACGCCCUUCCUCCAAAGCCUGCUCGACUUCUGUUUUCCUACUUUCAUCGUAUGGACACGGGUGUGUUUCACAAGGCAGUUGUGAAUGUCAACGGACAGAUUGUGUACAUCAAGGAGUUGCCCAAGGACAUCCAGGGGCCUGCCGAUAUUGAUGAGUUGAUUGAGGUUGAAGAGGCAUGCAUGAAGCAUCCGGCUGUCCUGGCCGAGAUUGAGAAGAUGCAACUUCCCCCAGGCUAUAAAGUCUGCAAUGACCCGUGGAUUUAUGGCACAGACAACGAUACCGAGACACGUCGCCUUGCGCAAUGUUAUAUGUAUAUCAUUGAGGUCGACCACCCCGAAUCUAACCACUACUCGCUCCCAUGUACCUUUUCUCCCGUCUUCGACCAGGUCACUAAGGAGCUAGUUCGCAUGGAUUAUCUUCCUACAGGGGCCGACGGUCAAGUUCAGUCCACGCAACCAUGGAAACAGGUCAAGGGUGUGCAAUACGCCCAUGAUUUACUGGACGAACCCAUCCGCACUGACUUAAAACCUUACGUCGUUCAACAGCCCGAGGGGCCAUCCUUUACCAUCAACGGAAGGGAGGUCCAUUGGCAGAAGUGGAAGUUCCACGUGGGCUUCAAUAAUCGAGAUGGUCUUGUUCUAUAUAACGUCACAUUCGACGGCCGACAGACAUUUUAUCGGCUUUCCAUGUGCGAGAUGACAGUUCCAUAUGGGGAUCCCCGAAAGCCAUUCCAUAGGAAACAAGCAUUUGACGCUGGAGACGUUGGGUUCGGCAUAACAGCUAAUUCACUCGCUCUCGGUUGUGAUUGUCUAGGUCACAUUGCCUAUUUUGACGGAUAUCGCACCGACUCGAAAGGAAGCCCCGUUCUUCUGAAGAGUGUCAUAUGCAUGCAUGAACAAGAUAACGGUCUGCAACACAAGCAUACAAAUUACCGCAAUAAUGUAGCCACCGUGGUGCGCAACAGGGAGCUCGUUGUGCAGAUGAUAUGUACUGUGUCCAACUAUGAAUACAUCCUGGCAUGGGUUUUCGACCAGGCGGGAAAUAUUGAGCAUGAAGUGCGGGCCACUGGCAUCCUCUCCACGAUGCCUAUUGAUAACCAUGAGGGAGUGAAGGUCCCUUGGGGCACCAACGUCGGGCCGGGUGUUAUGGCUGCUAAUCACCAGCACCUAUUUUCCCUGCGGAUCGACCCGGCAGUAGACGGACACAACAACACAGUGUUCUACGAAGAUAGCGUUGCGCUCCCCGUUGACGCAGAGCUCAACCCCUUUGGGGUAGGGUAUGUCUCACGUCCGACCGUCCUUUCCAAGGCUGGUUAUGCAGACCUGAGCGUACAGAAUGGUCGCGUCUUCAAGAUCCGCAAUGACAGCAGCAUCAACCCCAUCUCUCUCAAGCCAGUAGCGUACAAGCUCCACGCGGCACCCAGUCAAAUGCUCCUCAUGGACCCGAGCUCCUUCUCGAGCAAGCGAGCUGCCUUUGCCCAGCACGCCAUCUGGGUGACCCGGUACCAGGACGACGAGCUUUACGCCGCAGGAGAGUUCACCAACCAGAGUCGUGUUGAUACCGGUCUCUCUGUGUGGGCGGCUCGGGAUGAUAAUACAGAAAAUACAGAUGUAGUGCUUUGGCAUACUUUUGGGCUGACCCAUAACCCACGGCCGGAAGAUUUCCCCGUCAUGCCGUGCGAGAGGAUCAGUGUGAUGCUCAAGCCGGACGGAUUCUUUACCAAGAAUCCGGCGCUUGAUGUUCCGGCUAGCACUCAAAAGUUCAACCGGUCUACGCUGCAUGAAGAGAAGCAGACGGAACCUUGCUGUGCGCCUAAGCUUUGA